CUGGCAAAGGAACAGAGUAAUCGAAAACAAAAACCAACAAAAGUUAAUAAAUAUAUUAAAAAUAUCUGUAUAACAAAAGUUAUUUGAAACAAACAACAGUUAAAACUCAAAGAAGAAAUAGAAGAGAAGCUAAGAUAAAUAAGAAAAAACGCAGCAUCUGCGUCAUCGCUCCCUCUCUCUCCGCAUCACUCUUCUCCAUCCUCGAUCUCUGGCGAUCGGUCUGUCCCCCUCGCUCUCGCACACCUUUACUGAUUUACCUGGAAAACAGGUUUGCCUUCCAAUCUCUGAGAGUGUGUGUGUUUGUGUGUUUCAACGUGUCUUUGUGCGAGUUUCUUGGAAACCUUUUAAGUGAUUUUCUUACCUGCUCAAAAGUACAACAAGCAAAGCAAUAAAACAUGUUGCAACUCUAAAACAACAACAACAACAUCUACGAAAUAGUGUGAAGCACAAAUGCAAUUAUAACUGUGAAAAAAGGAGAGGUUAGAAAGGUGAAGCGCAGAUAACGAUAAAAGUGACCAAAGGGAGUUGCCGAGAAAUUAAACUUGAAAUCAUCGAAAAACGUUUAAUAAAUGCAAAUUGUAAAAGUAAUAAGUAUUAAAACAUAAGGAAUAUAAAGAAAUGCCUAAAACCUAACCUAACCAAGAGAAGGAGAAACCCAAAGAGAAACCCACAAAAAUGUUUCUUUAAGACGAAAUUCAUAAAUGUCCCAUAAAAGAACCCUGUAAAAACUCAAAAAGUGCAUUACAAAAACCCUAAAAAGCAGUGUUAUUGUUGACUACCAACAUGUUGUUAAUAACAAAUACCUAAAGAAAAACACAAAAGCAAAGAAAGAACCACAAAAAAACGAUAAAAGAAAAUCUUAAAAUCAAAGUUUAAUCAGCAUCAUCAUUCUUAACCCUUUUCAGUUGUUCUUCCUCGUUUUCGGAUACCCAUUACAAGUUCCAUGUGCAAUAAAUAAUAAACAACAAAUAAUAUUAACUGAAUAGUAAACAAAAACAUUUUCCAACGCAAUGGAGCGUUGCAACAACAACAACUGCAACUGCAGCAGCUAGAAGAAGCUGAAAGAACCGCUAUCAUUGCAAGAAGAAGAAGAGCUGCGGUAAUAGCAAAACCUAUUUUCGGAAAGGAAAAUCGGAAGUAGCUAUUCCACCCCCAUCCAAAGAUAAGGAAAAUCAAACAAAACAUAAAACAGAUAAAAUAAUAAAGGAGUGACGAUAUGAGGCGAACGACAGCCACGGAAGAGAUGGCAACAGUCGAUAGGAGGAGUGCGAGGAGAGCAGCGCUAAAUAUUUGGAACUUUCUUCUUAUCGCUCUCGUAGCGCUGAGCUCCAUGAUUCUAGCCGAUGAAUCGAUUGACACACGCGAAAACGCCGACUUAACCCUCAAGUGCCGGUUUAACGACAAGUACGAGGCGGACGACUUCUCGUUUUUCUGGACCCGCUGGACAGCGAAUCCCGCUCAAUUUGAUAACGUGGCCAUCGGCGACGUGCAGUUGAGUUCCGGCUAUAGACUCGACUUUCAACCGGAGCGCGGCAUUUACGAUCUGCAGAUCAAGAAUGUGUCCUACAACCGGGACAACGGCCGCUUCGAGUGCCGGAUCAAGGCCAAGGGAACGGGCGCAGACGUCCAUCAGGAGUUCCACAAUCUCACAGUCCUCACACCACCCCACCCUCCCGUGAUCUCGCCCGGCAACAUAGCCGUGGCCACCGAGGACAAGCCCAUGGAGCUCACAUGCAGCAGCAUUGGCGGCUCUCCCGAUCCCACCAUAACUUGGUAUCGCGAGGGCUCCAACUCUCCCCUGCCAGCCACUGUUCUGAAGGGCGGCACCAAGGACCAGCCCACCAAUGCCACUCUGUCCAUCAUUCCUCGGAGGGAAGAUGAUGGUGCCAAGUACAAGUGCGUAGUCAGAAAUCGUGCCAUGAACGAGGGAAAACGAUUGGAGGCGACGGCCACUUUGAAUGUCAACUAUUACCCCCGAGUCGAGGUUGGACCCCAGAAUCCUUUGCGGGUGGAACGUGACCGGACUGCCAAGUUGGAGUGUAACGUGGAUGCCAAGCCGAAGGUUCCCAACGUCCGAUGGAAUCGCGAUGGGCGGUUCAUCAGCUCCUCAUUAGUUCACACGAUCCUUCGAGUGAAUGUUCAAGAUGCUGGCAAGUACACCUGCAUUGCGGACAAUGGUCUUGGAAAGACUGGAGAACAGGAGCUCAUCCUGGACAUCCUGUACCCGCCUCAGGUGGUGAUAGAAUCGAAGACUCGCGAGGCUGAGGAGGGAGAUACAGUGACCAUUCGCUGCAAUGUGACCGCCAAUCCUGCUCCAGUAACUAUCGAAUGGCUGAAGGAGAACAGUCCCGACUUCCGUCACAACGGCAACGUGCUCACCCUGAAUUCCGUGAGGGCUGAUCAUGCCGGGAACUACAUCUGCCGAGCCGUAAACAUAAUCCAAAGCCAGGGAAUGGAGCGGAGCGAACGAGUGGGAAACUCAACGGUGGCCCUGCUAGUCCGCCAUCGACCAGGACAAGCCUAUAUCACGCCGAACAGGCCCGUGGUUCAUGUUGGAAAUGGUGUUACCCUGACCUGCUCCGCCAAUCCUCCGGGAUGGCCAGUUCCCCAGUACAGAUGGUUCAGGGACAUGGACGGAGAGUUCUCCAGCACGCAGAAAAUCCUCGCUCAAGGUCCGCAGUACUCCAUACCCAAGGCUCACUUGGGCAACGAGGGAAAGUACCAUUGCCAUGCUGUGAAUGAACUGGGAAUCGGAAUGAUGGCCACCAUUGUCCUGGAGAUCCACCAGCCGCCGCAGUUCUUGGCUAAGCUCCAGCAGCACAUGACCAGGAGGGUGGCCGAUACGGACUACACGGUCACCUGCAGUGCCAAGGGUAAACCAGCUCCCAGUGUUAAGUGGCUGAAGGAUGCUGUGGAAAUCCUGCCAGAGGAAAACCUCUACGAAGUACAGACCAAUCCUGACCAGGGUCUCAACGGCAUGGUCACGGUGCAGAGUCAGCUGAAGUUCAGAGGAAAGGCCCGGCCAAAUGGCAAUGCCCUGGUGCCCGGGGAUCGCGGCUUGUACACCUGCUUGUACCAAAACGAAGUCAACUCGGCCAACUCAUCCAUGCAGCUGAGGAUCGAGCACGAACCCAUCGUGCUCCAUCAAUAUAACAAGGUGGCCUUCGAUAUCAGAGAGACCGCCGAAGUCGUUUGCAAGGUUCAGGCCUACCCGAAACCCGAGUUCCAAUGGCAGUUCGGCAAUAAUCCAUCGCCUCUGACCAUGUCCUCGGACGGUCACUACGAGAUUAGUACCACCACGGAUAACAAUGACAUCUAUACGUCCGUGCUGAAGAUCAACUCGCUGACUCAUUCGGACUAUGGAGAAUACACCUGCCGAGUGGCCAACACUUUGGAUACGAUUCGAGCUCCCAUCAGGUUGCAGCAGAAGGGACCCCCGGAGAAGCCGACCAAUCUGAGAGCCACCGAAGUGGGUCACAACUAUGUGUCCCUGAGCUGGGAUCCCGGAUUCGAUGGUGGUCUGAGCAAGACCAAGUUCUUCGUUAGCUAUCGCCGUGUGCCCAUGCCGAGGGAGGAACAGAUAAUCCCAGAUUGCGCCACUUUGGCCAACUCGAACUCCGCUUGGGUGGAAGUUGAUUGCCAGCGUGAUAUUCCCUGCAAGGUGACAGCCCUUGAGCAGCACCAGAGUUAUGCCUUCAAGGUCAAGGCCCUCAAUCCGAAGAGUGAUUCCCCUUACUCCAGUGAAAUUAUGGUGACAACCAAGGUCAGCAGGAUUCCCCCACCACUGCAGGUGACCUACGAGCCCAGCACCCGAACUCUGGGCAUCGAUGUCGGUGCCACCUGUUUGUCCCUGGUGGCCGUUGUGGAGUCCAUGGUGAAUGCGGAUACUCCAAUGCCCACCUGGGAGGUGGUGGCCACCAUGGAUAACCUUCAGCUGUCCGGAAAUGGACCCACCCACAAGGAGAAGGUCAUCGACAGAAUAAUCGGCGCCAGGAGAAUCGGAGGCGGACGUGCUUUGGGCCACACCAUCAGCGAGGAUGAGAAUGACAAUGGUCUGAACUCUCUGGCCCUCGAGGACGAAAACAGUCCCACUGUGCGGGUCAAGUUGUGCCUGAGGACCAAUCCAGAGCACUGUGGGGACUACACGGAUGCGGAAAUUGGCCGACCUUAUAUAGCAGAGGCCAAUGCCCUGGCCACGCCCACUCUGAUUGCGAUAAUUGUGUCCUGCGUGGUCUUCGCCCUCUUCGCCGGCCUGAUCCUGAUGUUCUGUCGCUGCAAGCGGAAUCAAUCUAAGAAGAGUGCCGCCGCCAAGGACUACGAAAUGGACUCGGUGCGUCCUUCGAUUGUGGCUGCCCAGCAGAACCAGGCCCCGCCCCCGUAUUACCCCGCCUCUGGCCUGGACAACAAGGCCUUGGAGCACUCGAUGGAUCUCGCCCUGAGCAUGGAGGAUCAGAAAACCGCGCUCUAUGCCACCCAGAAUGGAUACAGCUAUCACCCUGGAAGUGGGGUGGUGGGCGUUGGCCUUGGAGGCGUUGGCGUAAGCGGAAGCGUGGUCAGCGGAAUGGGCGGCGGAGUGGUGGGCGUGGGAGGAAUCGGAGGCAGUGGCGUCGGCGUCAAUGGAAUACCUGGUCUCAACGCGCACACGAUUCCCGGAAAUGAAUGGGUCAACAUGGGCUACAUGGAGAACAACUACUCGAAUUCGAACAACGGCGGCAGUGUCAACUCGCAGGAUUCCUUGUGGCAGGUGAAGAUGUCGGCAGCAGCGGUGAACAGCCAACAGGGCAUGGUCCAGGCCCCUCUUAACCAGUAUGUGGAGCAGCAGCCCGCCUACGGAUACGAUCCGUUGACCCACGGAGGCUAUGGGGCGGUGGACGACUACGCCCCCUAUCCCCACCUCACGGCCACGCCCAGCCAGGUGGGCGACGAGUACCACAACUUGCGCAACAGCCAGAAUCCGUCCCGGCAGGACUACUGCAGUGAUCCCUAUGCAUCCGUGCAAAAGCCGAAGAAGCGAGUCGAUCAGCAUUUAGAUUCACCAUAUCACGACGUAAGCGGCCUGCCCAAUCCCUACAACAUGGAGCACUUGGAACAGGACGAGGUCCUGCCACCGCAGCAGCACAUUUCCCUCAGCUACGACGACAGUUUCGAGGGUGAAUAUUCGACAACGCCGCAUGCCAGGAAUCGUCGCGUCAUACGCGAGAUUAUUGUCUAGGAAAAUCUAGUUCGAAAGCGUAAAAUCAGCACUCAAAAUAUUCUGUAAACACCAUACACACACUCUUACACACACACACACACGCUAAAUUCCAUGAUCAUCGACGCGAAAUCACCCAUUUUAUUCUCAUUUUAACUUCCUGCUCGACUGCCAGCAGCAGAUCUUUUGAAAAGUGGCCAUUUUGAAUACUUUUUUUAAUAUAUUACUUCGAUGUAAGUUUAGUUUGAGGGAUAGGACGAACGUGUGUUGAGUUUUAUUGGCAACGAAAGAUAUAUACAUAUAUAUACCAUAUACCAUAUACCCUAGGAUUAGAGUCGCGAUCUAUCAUUGCUCUAGUUCAGCACCUUGUUGACACAACACAACACAACACUAUACGACGCGACACUGAGAGAAAUACAGCCCGAGAAACACACGGAUUAAACCAUCACUGGACAAGCACUAAAUGUUACGAUUUACCAGGUAGCAUAGAGCUAAGUAGUAGUUAAUAUUAACGGUCAUCUAGGUCCCAGUUGCAACAAACGAACUUUAAACUGUAAGCAGAAAGGCGGAAUUACGGAAUUACGGAAUUUCGAUCGAAACAAAAUCUCACUUUUCACCUAGGCUUAGGCUAAUUAACUCGUAAGUGAUUCUUGUUGGGUCUGUGCGGUGUUCGCGGGCACAGGUCCACGAAAAGUAAAGGAUAUACAUAAACAGUACGACCUGCCACAGAAAAUCAAGAAAAACACAAAAAAAUCGAAACAAAGGAAACAAAACUUACCUUAAACUAAUUUUAAAUUUUUAAAUAACUCUGAGAAAAACGAAAAACAAAAAACGUUGCUUUAAGUAAGUUAUAUGAUACGAAAACAAAACUAAAGUACAGAGAACUUUAAAAAAUUAUUAAAAAUAAUUGAAAAAGAUUAAGAAAACAUAAAAAAAAAAAAAAAAAAAAAACAAAAAACAAAAACAACAAAUCCUCCAUUCAGAAAACUUUAAUUUAAUUUACAAAAUUUAGCAACUAACUGUUCUGUUUUCCAUUCGUUCAAGCUUUGUGUUGAAAUUCAAAAUUUUAAUUGUAAUUACCUGUAAUUAAGCCGACUAGGAAGUUAUGUUGACCACGCAUACCUAUUGAGUUGAAUAUAAAUGUUUUGUUUGUGCAUUGCGUUGUGUUUUUAACCCUUAUCGUGUGCUUUGCAACUUUUUGACAAUGGCACGGACACGGAGACGAGAGAGGAAACACUUUUUGUAGCUAAGACUUAAAUGUAAAUACAUGUGUAAUUGUAUAUAUUUACUUGACUUGCAAAGUAAAUAAGCAGCAGCGGCAACUUAAAUUAAAUUGUAGUUAAUUUUAAAAAAUUUCAAAAUGAAUUUAAUUAGUAAGCAAGUGUUUAAGAGCAAAUGCCACAAAAUAAAGCGGAUAAAACGAAUUAAGAAACCUUAAGCAGACAUGAAAAUCUCGUUGAAUGAACAAAACAGAAUAUACGAGCGGGAAACUUUAUUAUAUAAAUUAUACACUCUAAACCAGAUAAGCGGAUAUACAUUAUAUAUAUACACGUACAUAUACAUAUACUUAUUAUUUGUAAAUAAGUAAAGCAUCAUUUUGAUUUGAAGGCCCCAAGCGAACCGGAAUCCAUUCAAAAUAUAUUUCCAAACUCUACAAAAACCGAAA